CAAAGUCUCCGCGCCGACUUUGCGAAGAAAACAACUUCCAUGAUCCUAGAUGAGGUGACAAAACUUGUAUUCAAAUAUGCGCACUUUGCGAGCGAGCGCGCAGUUGCACACCAACGACCGGACUGUUAUCAUUGAAAGAAAAAAACUAAAAUUCAUAAAAAAUGGCGACGAAAGAAGAUAAUUAUAAAUAUUUGUCUGGGUUUGGCAGCGAGUUUGUAAGCGAAGAUCCGCGUUGUCCAGGCGCGUUACCCGAAGGACAAAACUCACCACAAAAAUGUCCCUAUGGUUUAUACGCUGAGCAAUUGUCAGGUUCGGCGUUUACUGCACCACGCGCGGAAAACCGAAGAACUUGGCUUUAUAGAAUUCGUCCUUCUGUGGGCCACGGACCGUACACGAAGUUCCCCAAAGGAUUUCUUACACAUGAUUGGGACGAACAGGAACCAGAUCCCAACCAGAUGAGAUGGCGUCCAUUUGACUUACCCAAAACGCCAGAUGUGGAUUUUGUUGAAGGAUUGCAUACGAUCUGUGGUGCUGGCGACCCCAAAAUGAAAUCAGGACUCGCCAUUCAUAUUUAUUCAUGUAGUAUAUCAAUGGAAAACCGAGCAUUUUACAAUGCCGAUGGGGAUCUGCUCAUUGUGCCACAAGUUGGUCCCCUGGAUAUUAAAACAGAAUUUGGCUUAAUGAAAGUCCACCCUAACCAAAUCUGUGUCAUCCAGCAAGGAAUGCGUUUCUCUGUUGCGGUGAACGAGGCAAGCCGCGGUUACAUUUUGGAAGUUUUCGGGCAACAUUUCCAACUGCCAGAUUUGGGUCCCAUUGGCGCAAACGGACUCGCAAAUCCACGCGAUUUUCUCACACCGACAGCUUACUAUGAAGAUAUGCAGAACACAUCUUAUCAGAUUGUCUCAAAAUACCAAGGAGGGAUGUUUGCUUGUAAUCAGGAUCAUAGUCCUUUUGAUGUUGUCGCUUGGCAUGGUAACUACGUGCCUUACAAGUAUGACUUGAGUAAAUUUCAAGUUAUCAACUCCGUUUCGUUUGAUCAUUGUGAUCCGUCGAUUUUCACAGUGUUGACAUGCCAGUCCGAAAAGAAAGGCACCGCAAUCGCUGACUUUGUAAUCUUCCCUCCGCGUUGGUCCGUGCAGGAGCACACUUUCCGUCCGCCAUAUUAUCAUAGGAACUGCAUGUCGGAGUUCAUGGGAUUGAUUCACGGCGCGUACGAAGCGAAGAAAGAUGGCUUCGCACCUGGCGGUGCCACUCUGCACAGUAUCAUGACUCCACAUGGACCAGACGCGAAAUGUUUUGAUUUCGGAUCGAGUGAAGUUUUAAAACCAGCGAGGGUUGCAGAUAACACUCAGGCGUUUAUGUUUGAAAGUUGCUUGGGUUUAGCCGUAACAAAGUGGGGCCUAAAGACAUGUCAAAAGCUAGAAGAGGAUUACUACAAAUGUUGGGGCGACUUGAAAUCCCACUUUACAGGAAUGAAGUUGUGAAUGUUGAUCUACAGUACAAAAUGAACACCCAUCUUUGUUUGUUUGUUGUUUUUUUUUUCACAAAAUUAUGGACUUAAGUAGUUUCUGGAAAUUAACAGUGUUUCGUUCUCAGCGUUGCGAUUAUAAUCCUUAACUUAGUAUAAACAUAAUAGUUGCAAGUAUACGUAAUCAGUGAUUUCUAUCAACCAAGAUCGAUGUUCCAAAUUCUUAAUUAAGUGAUAUAAAUUUGUCAUUAACUAUUAAACAAUAAACUCUAGUUGAAACGAA